GCCCGCCAAUGGCAGGGCGCGGUGCGGCGCGCCGAGGUGGGACGGCGGCGCGCUGAGGAGGCGGUGCGCUCAGGCGGCGCUCCCGGAGAUGCCCCGCGGCAGCCGCUCUCGAGGCUCUAAGAGAAAAAGGAGUUGGAAUACAGAAUGCCCAUCCUUUCCAGGAGAAAGACCACUGCAGGUCAGAAGAGCAGGUCUCAGGACAGCAGGGGCAGCUGCCUCUCUCUCUGAAGCAUGGCUCAGGUGUGGAGAAGGGUUUCAGGACACUUCUGGGAAUCCGUCAUUAACAGCUGAAGAGAAGACGAUUACAGAAAAGCACCUUGAAUUAUGCCCUAGACCCAAGCAAGAAACCACCACAUCUAAAAGCACCAGUGGGCUUACAGACAUAGCAUGGAGUUCCAGUGAAAGUGAUUUGUCGGAUGAAGAUAAGACACUUUCUCAGUUACAGAGAGAUGAAUUACAGUUUAUCGACUGGGAGAUUGACAGUGACAGGGCAGAGGCUAGUGACUGUAAUGAAUUUGAAGAUGACGAGGGUGCUGUGGAAAUCUCAGACUGUGCUUCUUGUGCAAGUAAUCAGUCUUUGACAAGUGAUGAGAAGCUGUCGGAGCUUCCCAAGCCAAGUUCUAUAGAAAUUUUAGAGUAUUCAUCAGAUAGUGAAAAAGAAGAUGACUUGGAAAAUGUCCUACUCAUUGAUUCAGAAUCCCCUCACAAAUACCACGUGCAGUUUGCAUCGGAUGCAAGACAGAUUAUGGAGAGACUGAUAGAUCCAAGGACAAAAUCAACAGAGACCAUUUUGCAUACACCUCAGAAACCCACAGCUAAGUUUCCCAGGACUCCAGAAAAUUCAGCAAAGAAGAAGCUUUUAAGAGGUGGACUAGCAGAAAGACUAAAUGGACUGCAGAAUCGAGAGAGAUCUGCUAUUUCUUUGUGGAGACAUCAAUGUAUUUCUUACCAAAAGACACUUUCAGGUAGAAAAUCUGGUGUAUUAACUGUGAAAAUUUUAGAGCUGCAUGAGGAAUGCGCCAUGCAAGUUGCCAUGUGUGAGCAGUUAUUGGGGUCACCAGCCACCAGCUCCUCCCAAAGUGUGGCUCCCAGGCCUGGAGCUGGCCUGAAAGUUCUCUUCACCAAGGAGACUGCAGGCUACCUCAGGGGCCGUCCCCAGGACAUUGUCCGGAUCUUCCCUCCCUGGCAAAAACUGAUUAUUCCAAAUGGAAGUUGCCCUGUUAUUCUGAAUACUUACUUUUGUGAGAAAGUUGUUGCCAAAGAAGAUUCAGAAAAAACUUGUGAAGUGUACUGUCCGGACAUACCCCUUCCAAGAAGAAGCAUCUCUUUGGCCCAGAUGUUUGUAAUUAAGGGUCUAACAAAUAAUUCGCCUGAAAUCCAGGUUGUGUGUAGUGGUGUAGCCACUACACGGACAGCCUGGACCCACGGGCACAAAGAAGCAAAACAGUGCAUCCCAACCGGCACUCCCCUGAGGGAUUCUCUCCUGGAUGUGGUGGAAAGCCAGGGAGCUGCCUCGUGGCCAGGAGCUGGAGUCCGAGUGGUGGUGCAAAGAGUGUAUUCUCUUCCCAGCAGAGACAGCACCAGGGGUCAGCAGGGGGCCAGCUCAGGACACACAGACCCAGCUGGAACUCGAGCCUGCCUUCUGGUACAAGAUGCCUGUGGAAUGUUCGGUGAAGUGCACUUGGAGUUCACCAUGUCGAAGGCAAGACAGUUGGAAGGGAAGUCUUGCAGCCUGGUGGGAAUGAAGGUUCUACAGAAAGUCACCAGAGGAAGGACAGCGGGGAUUUUCAGUUUGAUUGACACCCUAUGGCCCCCAGCGAUACCUCUGAAAACACCUGGCCGCGACCAGCCCUGUAAAGAGAUAAAAACUCAUCUGCCUCCUCCAGCCUUGUGUUACAUCCUCACAGCUCAUACAAAUCUGGGACAAAUUGAUAUAAUUGACAAAGACCCCAUUUAUAAGCUUUACCAGCCUCCAGUUACCCGCUGCUUAAGAGACAUUCUCCAGAUGAAUGAUCUUGGUACCCGUUGCAGUUUCUAUGCCACGGUGAUAUACCAAAAACCACAGCUGAAGAGUCUGCUUCUUCUGGAGCAAAGGGAGAUCUGGCUGCUAGUGACCGAUGUCACUCUGCAAACAAAGGAGGAGAGAGACCCCAGGCUCCCCAAAACCCUGCUGGUCUAUGUGGCCCCCUUGUGUGUGCUGGGCUCUGAAGUCCUGGAGGCACUCGCUGGGGCUGCCCCUCACAGCCUUUUCUUCAAGGACGCUCUCCGUGACCAGGGUCGGAUUGUUUGUGCUGAACGAACUGUCCUCUUGCUUCAGAAGCCCCUUUUGAGUGUGGUCUCUGGUGCAAGUUCCUGUGAGCUGCCUGGCCCGGUGAUGCUCGACAGCCUGGACUCUGCCACACCUGUCAACUCCAUCUGCAGUGUUCAAGGCACUGUGGUUGGCGUGGACGAGAGCACUGCUUUCUCAUGGCCUGUGUGUGACAUGUGUGGCAACGGGAGAUUGGAACAGAGGCCGGAAGACAGAGGCGCCUUUUCCUGUGGGGACUGCUCCCGGGUGGUCACAUCUCCUGUUCUCAAGAGGCACCUGCAGGUCUUCCUGGACUGCCGCUCAAGACCGCAGUGCAGAGUGAAGGUCAAGCUGUUGCAGCGCAGCAUUUCCUCCCUGCUGAGGUUUGCCGCCGGUGAAGAUGGGAGCUACGAAGUGAGGAGUGUCCUCGGAAAGGAAGUGGGGUUGUUAAAUUGUUUUGUCCAGUCCGUAACCGCCCACCCGACCAGCUGCAUUGGAUUGGAGGAAAUCGAGCUUCUGAGUGCAGGAGGGGCCUCUGCAGAACACUAGCGGUUGCCGCAGGAUCUGUGAACUUUGCAAUGUGGCUGCAAGGGUGGUGGUGGUGGUGGUGGUGGUGGUGGUGGUGGUGGUGAUUUGGGGUAGUUAUUUGUUAACUAUGGACACAGUGAACGUAGUUUACGAUCUUGAAAUGAAACUUAGAUUUUUCUGGGGAAAUGUUCAGAUACAGUUUUGUGAACUGUAAAUCAAAAUACCUUUUUCUACAGUUUAUCUUUUAUUUUCUGCAAAUUUAGGAACAUAUUUACUCUUGUUUUCACAUUGAAUCUUAAGUUUAAGCUCUUCAUUUGGUAUUUAGGCAAUAUAUGAGAAAAAAAAUUUUUUGUUCAUUUGUAAUUUUAACAAGUUGAACAUUUUACCAUGAUUGAACAUGUUUUUAUUACAGUAUUUGUUUUAACAUUCCCCCAAAGAAUACCCUGCAAAGUGUAAACCUUUGUCCCAUACUGUGAUAUUACUGUUCUGCUACAAUAAAUGUCAAACCUAA